AUGGCAUCAUCUGGUAGAGCAAAAGAGAUGGAAGACUCUCCUUGCUAUUUGCUCACUGUGAAUGUCAUACAGAUAAAAAACCUGCACAAAGCAGAUUUAUUUAACCAGUCAGAUUGCUACGUCAGCUUGUAUCUGCCAACAGCUUCCUUUGAAACUGUCCGGACUAAGACUAUUAAAGACUGUAAGGAUCCAAUGUGGAAUGAAACCUUUUGCUUCAGAAUACAGAGUCAGGUCAAAAAUGUCUUGGAGCUGAUGGUUCAUGAUGAAGAGCACUGCCUUGCAGAUGUCCACCUCCUUACUGUUCUCUUUGAUGUUUCUAAAAUCCGACUUGGAGAAACCAUUUGCCUCACAUUUCCAUUGAAUCCAAAAAUCCAAGAAAAGCUGGAAGUAGAAUUUAGCCUGGAAAGCAUCCCUGUUCGUCAUGAGCAUAUCGUUACAAAUGGUGUAUUAGUGUCUCGUGAAAUUUCCUGCUUGGAGGUGCAGGCAAAUGAGGAAAAGCUGACUAAGAAGAAAUCAAGAGAGAAAAAGCUAUUAUUUACUGUUCAAGGAUCCUAUGAAGAAACUCGAGAGUUUUCUUUGGACACAGAGUUGCAUCCAGCCGAACCUCUGGUGUUUCACUACGUCAAGUAUAAGGACUCUGCAUUGGAAACUGAGCUAACAAGGAAACCGUAUGGCACAGACUCAUGUUUUUCUAGAAAAGAUAUAGAUGAGAAAGUUUGCCUCACAUUGCCUCUGGAUUCAGGUCAAGUGGAAAAGAAAAUCAAUAUAGGCAAGGACAACACACUUGAUCUAGGUCUAAAAAUAAAGGAUUGGCCAAAAAACCUAGAUGUACGUUUGGGGUAUGACCUAUGUACAGAGGAAAAAAUAGUCAUACAGAAACGGAAGGAGAUUGUUGCAACUGCGCUGGAAAAGGCUCUCCACUUGCAAAACAGUUUACAAGACCAUGAGGUCCCAGUGGUGGCGGUCAUGUCAACAGGAGGUGGUGCCAGGGCCUUCACAGCUUUAUAUGGCAACCUUUUUGGUCUUCAAAAACUGAAUCUCUUAGACUGUAUCUCAUAUAUCACUGGAUCUUCUGGCUCUACAUGGACCCUGUCCAAUCUGUACGAACAUGAGGAUUGGUCAUGGCAGGACCUUUCAGGAGCAAUUGCAGAGGCUCGCAGGAACAUGACCAAAUCAAAACUUGGCCUCUUUUCUGUAGAAAAUAUAAAGGAAUACAGCCAUGCUUUGGAGCAGCGGCAAAAGCAAGGCUAUAAAACAUGUAUUACUGAUCUCUGGGGACUUCUCCUUGACAAAGCAUUAGGCAAUGGGCAAUGCUGUAGUACACUUUCAGGGCAGAAACGUGCUAUCAGUCAUGGCCAGAAUCCUUUGCCUAUAUAUAUGGUUCUCAACACCAGAGACAAGUACAGUCUUCCAGAAUUUAAAGAAUGGAUGGAAUUCACUCCCUUUGAGGUUGGUUUGUUAAAAUAUGGUGCCUAUAUUAAUUCAGAAGAUUUUGGAAGCAAAUUCUUUAUGGGUCGGAUGAUGAAGAAGAUUCCAGAAUCUCAGAUCUGCUUCAUGAAAGGUGUGUGGAGUAAUGUGUUUUCCUAUAAUCUGCUGGAUGCCUGGCGUGCCCUUGACGUGUCAGAAGAAAGUUUUUGGCACAGAUAUACUAGGGACAGAGUGAAGGAUAUAGAAUGGAUGGAAUUCACUCCCUUUGAGGUUGGUUUGUUAAAAUAUGGUGCCUAUAUUAAUUCAGAAGAUUUUGGAAGCAAAUUCUUUAUGGGUCGAAUGAUGAAGAAGAUUCCAGAAUCUCAGAUCUGCUUCAUGAAAGGUGUGUGGAGUAAUGUGUUUUCCUAUAAUCUGCUGGAUGCCUGGCGUGCCCUUGACGUUUCAGAAGAAAGUUUUUGGCACAGAUAUACUAGGGACAGAGUGAAGGAUAUAGAAGAACUACCUCCACAACCACCGAGGCAGCAAGAAUUGCACACUCAGCUGGUUAUCCCUGCUCCUGAAUUUCCAACAUUUCUUCGUGAAAUCAUAACCCAGCGCAUAACAACCUCCAAGUUCUACAAUUUUUUGAAGGGAUUCCAACUCAGCAAUGGCUAUCUAGAUAAUAAGAACUUCUGUAUUUGGAAGGAUACUGUACUGGACACUUUUCCGAACCAGCUAACAGCAACAUCAGAAUACCUGUCUGUUGUAGAUACCGCAGCUUACUUAGACAUCAGCUACCCACCACUUUUGAGGCCAGAGCGAAAAGUUGAUGUUAUUAUUCAUUUAAAUUAUUCUUCAGGAUCACAAACAAAAACUUUAGAUGAAGCCUCCAGAUACUUUUCAAAGCAAGGUAUUCCAUUCCCUAAAGUGGAUCUGAGUCAUAUUAAGGAUAAGGAUCUGAAGGAAUGCUAUGUCUUUGAAGAUCCCGAGGAUGCAAAAGCUCCCAUUGUGGUUUUUUUCCCUCUUAUAAAUGACACCUUCAGAAAAUACAAAGCACCAGGUGUGGCACGCAGUCUAUCUGAACUGAAGCAGGGUGACGUUGAUGUGACCAGUCCCUGUUCUCCAUAUGGGUUAGCAAGCUUUGAGUACUCAGAAGAAGAUUUUGAUAAACUCGUGGAACUGACUAGCUACAACAUUCAGAAUAAUAAGUACUUGAUCCUUCAAGCUUUGCAAAGAGCAAUCAAAAGGAAAAUAAAAUCAGAAGAAAUGGAUGCCAAGUCAAGACAUGUGUGAUAGAUGGA